AUGCGGCUUUUCUCCGGCGUCCUCGAUUCUUCUUCCGCGCUUGCCUCCGCCGUCCUGGGCUCCGUGUCCGACCGCCUCGGAUUCUCGCGCGUAUUUUUCGGUCGAACGAACCCCUCGAGCAUGCCGGCUCUCGCUUGUGAAGCCGCUGCCUCGUCUUCUGCGGCAGCCGCUGCCGACGCCUGCGCCGGCGCCCAGAAACCAUGGCUCUUCGUCGGUCUGGGGAACCCCGGGCGGAUGUACAAAGGCACUCGGCACAACGUUGGCUUUGAGAUGAUUGAUGCUAUUGCGGAAGCUGAGGGCAUUUCAGUCAGCAGUAAACAAUUUAAGGCGAUUGUCGGAAAAGGCCUCAUUGGUGAUGUCCCUGUAAUGCUUGCCAAGCCACAGACUUUUAUGAAUGCAAGUGGUGAGUCUGUGGGACAGCUGGUUUCAUACUUCAAGAUACCACUCAAUCAAUUAGUUGUGAUCUAUGAUGAUCUUGAUCUACCCUUUGCGAAAUUGCGUCUGCUGCCAAAGGGGGGACAUGGUGGACACAAUGGGAUGAGGAGUAUUAUUGACCAUUUGAAACAAAGCAGCAAUUUCGCACGUCUAAGGAUUGGCAUUGGACGGCCACCUGAGGAGCUGGGUGCUAUCAGUUUUGUUCUACAGUCAUUCACCGAGCAAGAAAAGGAAGAGCUUGAAGUUACGUUCCAAAGGGGCUUGCAAGCAGUAAGAAUUAUGGUACAGGAAGGGUUCAACAAGAGUGCACAAUUUGUGAACACUCCUCCACAGCCACCAGAAAUGUUGAAUAGAUGA